AUGUCAGGAAAAAUCGAUUUACAAAAGGUAACGACAUAUGAUUUCUGUCAACCAUCCCAAGAACUUUUAAUUGAAAUGAGGAACAUCACACAAACAACUCAAGCGACUGGUAGCGUUUAUCAAGACUUACAAAAUGUCUUGGCA